GACGUCUAGAACUCGGCGUUUCCACGCCCCCUACUUUCACCCCCAUUGUGGAGAAUCUCGGGUCUACACACACGCACAGCAAGACCUUCAGGACUUCGAGCAACGCGGCAAAGCUUUGUAAAGAAAAACUUCUCUCCUACUCAUGGAUUUAUUUGACUCUUUUCAGGGAUUUCGAGGUAGGGCAAUGGUUCGCGUAGUUAGGCAUUUUGGAGCGUCGUCUGGGAGGAAAAGGCCACACGUACUCCACAGCACAAAGUUGUAAAAAAGUCGUCCCCCUCUUUCAACGCGCUCACACUCGGCGCUUGUCCGCUUUGAAGAGCCCCAGCCAUCAUGGCGAAGCGGACCAGGCACAACAUUUGGGUUUUGACGCCGAAUCUGCGCGCUCCAUUGUGGAAUACGCUGCUCGGUCUUCACGGGAGCUUGUCUGCUUGUUUGUGGAGCUUCGCUUUCAUAUGCUCAGCUUUCUCUUGUGGAUAUUGCGGAGCCGAUACAGAGUUUUCUAUUUUGGAAGAAGCACGAGUCCUGUCCGAGCAGAUGAAGAAGCUGUCCACACAAGAACUUGGAGUAUUUACUAUGCAGAGGAUUUUCAACUCGUUUGUGUACACCGAGAAGACAUCAAACGGAGAGACAGAGGUCCAGCAGCUGGCCAAAAAGAUACGGGAGAAGUUUAACCGCUACCUUGAUGUGGUGAACAGGAACAAACAGGUGGUGGAGGCCUCGUACACUGCUCACCUCACUUCUCCUCUCACUGCGAUACAGGACUGCUGCGCCAUCCCAACAUCUAUGAUGGAGUUUGAUGGAAAUUUCAACGCGAAUGUGUCCAAGACCAUCUGCUGUGACAGACUUUCGCCCACUGUCAACAGCCGAGCUUUCAACCCUGGAAGAGACCUCAACUCAGUGUUGGCAGACAACCUCAAAUCCAACCCAGGGAUCAAGUGGCAGUACUUCAGCUCUGAGGAGGGCAUCUUCACUGUGUUUCCUGCCCACAAGUUCCACUGUAAAGGAAGUUAUGAACACCGCAGCAGGCCUGUGUAUGUUUCUGCAGUGCGUCCCCAGUCUAAACAUAUUGUUGUGAUGGUGGAUCACGGAGCAUCAGUUACUGAAACUCAACUUCAAAUUGCCAGAGACUCGGCACUGGUUAUACUAAAUGCAAUAGAUGAACAUGACAAGAUUUCCGUUCUGUCGGUGGCAGAGAUGGUCCGUUCCUGCUCUCUAGAUCAGUGCUACAAGACUCUACUUUCUCCUGCCACCAGUGAAACGAAGAGAAAAAUGAGCACAUUCAUCUCUAACAUCAAGUCCUCUGAUGGCACCACACAACAUGCAACAGGCUUCCAAAAAGCUUUUCAGCUUCUCCGAAACACCAGCAGCCUCAACAAGCAGAGCAACACUAUAGACAUGGUUAUCAUCUAUCUGUCAUCUGGGAUUACAUCUCGAGAGACAUCAGAACAGGAGAAGAAAGCGACCCUCAGUGUGGUCAAAGAAGAGAACAGACACUUCAACAACUCUGUUAUGAUACUCACGUAUGCUCUCAUGAAUGAGGGAAUUACAGGCCUGAAAGAGCUGGCCUUCCUGCGAGACCUUGCAGAGCAGAAUUCGGUGAAGUAUGGCGUUGACCGUUUUCCUCUAGCAUCCUCAUCUGGAUUAGCCACAGCUCCCAUGAUGCCUGUCGUAAAGGGCAGCAUGAUGGUGCUCAACCAGCUCAGCAACCUGGAGACAACAGUGGGCCGCUUCUAUAUCAAUCUGCCCAACCGCAUGAUAGACCUUGUUCGCUUCAGUCUGCCCUAUGCUGACCCGAUGGGAGACGGCUUUAUUAUGACUGUGAGUCGGCCCUGUUAUUUCGGGAACCUGCUCCUCGGUGUGGUCGGAGUUGACGUAAACCUGGCCUAUAUUUUGGAGGAUGUCACAUAUUAUCAAGACUCUCUGGCGUCAUACACCUUCCUCAUUGACAACAAAGGUUAUACUCUGAUGCACCCAUCACUAACGCGACCUUACCUGAUGACUGAGCCUCCACUUCACACGGAUAUUAUCCACUAUGAGAAUAUUCCUGCAUUCCAUGUUGUGCGACAGAACAUCCUCAAUCUCCCAUUGGGCAGCCAGGUCAUCACUGUUCCAGUGAACUCAUCGUUGUCCUGGCACACCAACAGACUCAGAGACAAUGGCAAAGAUGCAUACAACGUCAGCUAUGCUUGGAAAUUGGUUCAGGACACGUCGUUCAUUCUGUGCAUCGUGUACGUCCAGCCGGAGAUUCCAGUGAAACAGCUCAAAAACCUCAACACCGCACCCAGUUCCAAGCUCCUGUACCAUCGUUUAGACCUACUGGGUCAGCCCAGCUCUUGCCUCCAUUUUAAACAACUUGCGACUGUUGAAUCCCCCACAGUGAUGCUGGCAGCCGGCAGCUUCUCAUCUCCCUAUGAGCACCUCAGUCAGCCAGAAACAAAGCGCAUGGUGGAGCACUACACGGCCUACCUUAGCGAUAACACUCGGCUCAUCGCCAACCCAGGCCUCAAGUCCUCUGUCAGGAACGAGGUUAUGGCGACCAGUCACGUCACGGAUGAGUGGAUGACACUAAUGGAAAUGAGUAGCCUCAACUGCUACAUUGUGAGGCGUUACAUAGCAACGCCCAGUGGGGUGCUCCGGAUUUACCCUGGAUCAUUGAUGGACAAAGCCUUUGACCCGACCCGCAGACAAUGGUACCAGCACGCUGUGGCUAAUCCUGGUCUCAUCACGUUCACCGGGCCUUACUUGGAUGUGGGCGGCGCAGGCUAUGUAGUUACCAUCAGCCACACUAUUCAUGCAUCCAGCUCUCAGAUGGCCCCUGGCUAUGCAAUUGCUGUGAUGGGUAUAGACUUCACCCUUCGCUACUUCUAUAAAGUUCUGUUGGACCUGCUUCCCAUUUGCAACCAGGACAAGGGAAACAAGAUCAGAUGCUUCAUAAUGGAAGACAGAGGUUACCUGGUAGCCCACCCCACUCUCAUUGACCCAAAAGGGCAUGCCCCUGCAGAGCAACAGCACAUCACACACAAGGAGCCACUUGUUGCCAAUGACAUACUGAACCACCCCAACUUUGUGAAGAAAAACCUGUGCAAUAGCUUCAGUGAUCGCACUGUGCAGCGCUUCUACAAGUUCAACACCAGCAUCAUGGGGGACUUAACCAAUCUUGUCCACGGCAGCCAUUGCUCUAAGUAUCGUCUGACCCGGAUACCUGGCACCAAUGCCUUUGCUGGUAUCGUCAACGAGACGUGUGACUCUUUGGCCUUCUGCGCCUGCAGUACAGUGGACCGCCUUUGUCUCAACUGCCACAGAAUGGAGCAGAAUGAAUGCGAGUGCCCAUGUGAGUGCCCUCUAGAGGUGAAUGAGUGCACUGGGAACCUCACUAAUGCUGAAAACAGAAAUCCUAGCUGUGAGGUACAUCAGGAGCCAAUCAGUUUGAAUGUGAUUGAUCCCAGUCUACAGGACACUCUGCCUCAAUGUAUCAACACCCGCUGCAGCCAGAGAUACAGCAGCAGCGAUUGCUUUGGUGUUUUGGACUGUGAGUGGUGCAUGGUGGACAGCGAUGGAAAAACCCAUCUGGACAAGCCUUAUUGUGCUCUGCAGAAGGAGUGCUUCGGCGGGAUUGUUGGUGCAAAGAGUCCUUAUGUUGACACCAUGGGGCUCCUUGAUGAGGAGGUGGCAUCUCUGAAUAUGAUCAAAAGUGCUCCUGUGGGUCCGGUUGCCGGGGGUAUUAUGGGAUGCAUCAUGGUGCUGGUCUUGGCUGUGUACGCAUAUAGACAUCAGAUUCACAGACGCUCACACCAGCACAUGUCACCACUGGCAGCACAAGAAAUGUCAGUGAGAAUGUCCAACCUGGAUAAUGAUCGAGAUGAUAGGGAUGAUGACAGCCACGAGGACCGAGGAAUAAUAAGUAAUACACGAUUUAUUGCUGCGGUGAUCGAGAGGCACACCCACACUCCAGAACGACGACGGAGGUACUGGGGAAGAUCAGGCACAGAGAGUGACCACGGCUACAGCACCAUGAGUCCGCAAGAGGACAGCGAGAAUCCUCCUGGCAACAACGACCCACUUUCGGCGGGUGUCGACGUCGGUAACCACGACGAUGACCUGGACCUGGACACCCCGCCUCAGACAGCAGCCUUACUCAGCCACAAAUUCUACCCUUACCGGCACACGCAUACGCACCAUCACCCGCUGCACACGCACCAUCUCCAAGCGGCGGUCACUGUUCACAGCGUGGACGCAGAGUGCUGAUCCGCCUCAAGGAUAGAAUUCAGAAAAUGUGCUUAUUCAAGCACUCCAUAUUGAGCUCAUCAGUAACUUUUUUUUUCACUGACCUGAACUCGAAAUGAAAACGAGCAAACAUUUUUACUUUAUUUUCUGAAGGAAUCGGGAUUUCUGGACUCUUGGAAGACCAACCCCGAAAAAAACAAAGCACAUUUAGGGAAAUAAAGCACAUUUCGGGAACGCUCCUUGGAACGGGAGAGGCUAAAACCUAUGACUGAGCUUCAUUUCCCCAUGGAGGGCAAAACGGGGAGAGUCACAAAGUUCACGUAAUCACAGUACUCUACAACCUCAUCCACAUACAUAAACCUUGCAAGGAAAACAUACUCCACCCAUAUAUAUGAAUACAAAAACAGUACAAAAUUAAAACAUGUUUUUAAAUAUAUAUAUUUACAUUAUAUUUAUGUAAGAUUGCCAGACAGAUACAAGAGCUGCAUCCGGUCAUGUGAUAUUUGUCAUAUACACUUUAAUGAGGCGACUGCAGUUCCUUCACUUAGUGUCUAGCAUUCAAAAUCGAAAGCUAUUUGAACAUUUCUUCCAUAUCAUUUUAGUCCAUGGGCUUUACAGAACACAUUAUGACACAAACAAAAACAACAAUACAAUAAUGCAAUAAAAUUGAUCUUAAAGUCCCACUGUGAUGAUCAACCAAAGUAGCCCAAUCCGCCAUUUUAAUCCCAAUUUUACACUAAUGCUGUUGACCAUCAAAAGCUGCGCCAUUAACCAGAGGUGACGCAAGUUAAAGUAGUUUUAAUAUGCUUCAAUGCAUUUUUGGGUUAUUUUAAUAUUGUGGCGAUAAGUUUUUUGAUGAUUUUUUAAAAAUCAUUUUACACGUUUUGUAUCGAAACAAUCCCCAACCUUUUUUUUUUUGCAAUUCGGACCGGUGUGAUUUGGGUCUUUUUUUCACAGACCGGUGUUGUCACAUUUUGUACCCUUAUAAAAUUUUGCUCCCAAAGCUUUUGUGGCGGUGAAAAAAGCCCUCUUUUAUAUUCAGGUGGACUCUAAAUGUUAUCCAACGGUGCUAAAAAAACUAUUUACAUCAUAAACAUACAUGUGCAACACGAAAAUGGCGUAAAUUAAUGCUUAACGACACGGCGAAGUCGUUAAGUGAGAGAGCUGUUGCUGUGUGCAGCUAAAAUGGCAAACGUAAGUUAAUAUUCCUUUCUUUAAAGAAAGUUUGUAGUGUGUACUAGGGAAUCGCUGCAUUCGCAGUCAUUUUUAACGUUAUGCGCUUGCCAAAUUUGUCAGAACACCGGCAAUGUGCGGCAGAAAAAUACAGCAAAUAUGAAAUAACAUUUGUUUAUAGACCCUACUCACGUGACGUCACAGUCACGCCCCCGCGCCAUGUUGUCCGUCUACUCGUCAUGUUAAAGCCUUACCGCUUCGUAAAUUCCUCCUAUUAUGGCGUUUUUCUGCUCGUUAACAUUAAUAAUCAAAAUGGUGAAGGCGUGUGUUGCGGUUGUUUGCAAUAACAGAGAAGAUAGACGGAGAGACUUGAAGUUAUACCGUAUUCCGAGAGACCCGGAGAGGAGAGCGAGACGGACUGCUGCAAUUCGACGAGAAAACUGGGCUCCAAACGAUUACCACGGAUUAUGUAGUAGUCAUUUUAUAUCUGGUAAGAUGCAUUUAAUAUAUAUUUAGAGGGUUUUGGGCUGACAACCACAAUUAAGAUCAUUGCUAGGCUAAUCGCCGACAACAUACACUCAGACGUUGUGAAUGAACUACCUGAAAAUAUAUAAUUAUAAGGAGAUAAUAAGACAGUUGUCAUACAAUUAAUUUACAAUUUCACUAUUGAUGUCAAAAGCCAAAAAAUAAAUUCAACUAGGAACAAUCUGGAGUAGUGCUAUCGCACUUCAUAUUUAUUACAUAUUAUAUAUGUAUGUAGUGAGUGCUAUCGCUAAACCAUAUAAACAUUAAAAGCCCUAGCUCCAUUGACAAAUGACAUGAAAUACAUUAGACUUGACAGUGGAUGUUAGCAAGAACAAAAGAUUUUGAAUUGAAAAUUUCGUAACUCACCUUCCCGAGCACAAGAUAGAUUCCUGCCGAAUUUUCGUGGACGACGACCUGUUUCACCCAACCAGCAACGAAGUAUUUAUAAGCCUCCAAGCUCUUAGUUUUUCAAACUUUCGUGAGAAUAGGCUGAUUUUGUGUGGACAAGAUAGUUGUAAAUAUCAGGGUAGCAGAUGUCAGGCAGAGACGGCGAAGACAGCGGGUCGAAAAACAUCGAUUUAGGCAUCAAAUAUGGAUCUGGCGAAUGGAUAAACUGAAGCUUUUCCACAUAACGCCUUUUAUGCAACACACCCAGUGAGUUUACAGCGUCAUAUAACACCGGGGCUUCCAUGAAUUGCUCUAUAACUUGCACGACUAAUUGAAAACAAUGAGAAUAGGUCUAAAAAAUACGGACAAUAUGGCGGCUGGAUACAGCGACACGUCAUUUUGUGACGUAGGUGAGUAGGGUCUAUAGCCCCGUCGCGUUAAAUGCAGGGAAAAUACAACUCACCCGCUGAAUCAGUGGCUGAAUCUCCCGAGAUGGGAGAGUGAGAGAAGCCCGCUUCACAAAGAUACAAUGUUGGAAAUUUUAGCACAGUUUUCAGUGUUCUCCUAGCGAUGUCAGGAUAUUCCGGAAUGACUUUAAUCCAAAACCUCGGUAGAGUUGUUGUCUCAAAUGUACGGUUAAGGUCGCUGUCAUUUGCGAUCUCUACAAGCUGAUAUUCCUGUUGCACAGACAUGCUCGAAUCACUCGGUUUAUUCACAUACGGGUCACGAUUCCACUCCUUCGCAGUUCGUGGGUCUUUAGUGAUUGGGAAGUAGCAUAGAUUUUGUUUUCUUCGAGGUUGUAGGCUCAUCUUCUGGCUCGUCAGGUUACCUUUUCACCGUAAAAAAAUCUGUCCAAUGACGUCCGUUUUUCAGUCAUUCUAGUGUGGGGCUAAUUAUUUCCGUGAACAAAUGUGAUGGGCGAGGACCUACGUCAUACGUUAUCGAGGCCAAGCGCACAUAGACAGAUAUCCAAAACAAGAUGUACUGCCAACAGUCCAAUCAAUGGAUUUCUAUGACGACCUCAUAUCAUGUAGUUGUAUAUCUAGAGUAGACAGGGAUAUUGGUGUGUUAAGCAUCACAGGCCAAAGUCAAUCGGCCAGAAUGCAGUCGUUAAUAAAUUAUUAUUUCUGCGCGGCCCGGCACCAAAUGCACCAUGGACCGGUACCGGUCCGUGGCCCGGUCGUUGGGGACCCCUGCUGUAUAGGAUUUUGCUCCAGCACAACAGCACAAACACUCAGAAGCUGUUUCAAGUAGUUGCGUCUGAUUGUAUUUUUUUUCAGUGAGAAUUUCCAUUUCAAACGCAAUGCUUAGGGUGGUCUAGAUUCGAGUAGCAUCAAAACGAUUUACAUGUAUUCUGUCACCACUGUAGUUCCGUUAGCAAUGGCGCAUACACCCUUGGUCAAAGGGUUUGGGACUCUCGUUCAAUUGAAGGGUUAAAAGUCUCAAAACAUGACUGCCCAUCUAAGCUUUAGUUUUGUUUCUGUACGGUAAAAUGUCUCCGAAUACAUACAUUUCCAGACUUUUUUCCUCUUGUGACCCACUUUCAACUGCAUAUUCCAACUCGCCGCACAAUAAAAUCUUGAGUGUAAUUUCCAUCCAAAACUCAAAGUUCGCCAAAUGGACCGACUAUUGAUGUGUGCCUGUCGGUUUCCGUACUGAAUGUGAUGUCGACAAGUCUCAAUCCUCCCGAAGCAAACUGCUAAAAACUAUAUUUUAGUUAAUUAGUUAUGAAGCUUUGCGAUUAUUUUAAACUGCAUUUUGCAUAUCUUUUAACAAGAGUCAAUCGUUUGUUUCGUGUGGGAAAAAAAUACAGUGGGACUUUUAAGUUCAAUGUACGCCCUUUGUCCUCACUAUUAAGACAAUUCAGCACAGUUGUAGUUAGGGCUGUAACAAUCGAUCUGGAUUGACAUAUUGAAGCACAAAUGAGUUUCAAAACAUCAAAAAUAACACUUUUCAUUAAAUUUUCUGAAAUAUUUCAACAAAAUUGUAAAACAUCAAAAUAGCUCUAUAGUUUUUGAUUGCUUUAGGUGAAUUGGAACCGAUUUUGGUAAAUGUGUACAUUAUAUUGUUACAAAUCAAUCAAAGAAACAAGAAUUGCAUCGUGGCAGACUUUGAAAUAUUGACAAAUAUUAAACUCUUGUCCACAGAAUCUGUAUUGUACCGUAAUUUUCGCACUAUAAGGCGUACCUGAUUAUAAGCCGCCACCCACCAAAUAUGGCUUGAAAACGGCGUUUGUUCAUCGAUAAGCCGCAGUGGACUAUAAGCUGCAGCUGUCCUCACUGUAUUAUAGAAUAUAUACACCAAAAGAUAUUAACCGGUAACACUUUAUUUGACAGCGGCAUCAUACGACUGUCAUAAGGCCAAAUGAACCAAUUGGCUGCAAAGCUUGAUUGUCUCAAGAACCUUUAUUUGGCCAUCACUGCUCUUUUUUUGUGAACCGCAGCUGCCACCGGCUGUCAACACUGUUGUUGUCCAACAUGCCUCCUAGCAUGCAUAGCUGCAUUACAGAUGUAAAUAACAAUCAAAAUUCAUGUUAUGUGCCAAUUAUCUCUUCAGUUACUGUUCCAGUUGUUUCAUUAAUUGCUAAUUAUGGUGUUUGGUAACACUUUUUUUGACAGUAGUGCCAUAAGACUGUCAUGAGACAAUCAUAAUUAUGACAUGACACUGUCAUGAGCAUUAAUGAACGCUUAUAACAGAUGUCAUUUAGUGUUAUCCGGCAAAACGGAUGUAAAAGAUCCAAGCUAGACACAAAUGGAGUUUGUGACAUAAUUUGCCGGAUGACACUUAAUAGGGGUGCAUGAUAUCCAUUUUUUGAAACCGAUAUCGAUAACUUCCUGCUCCUCAAAGCCGUUACCGAUAUGGAUAGCCGAUAAUAAAUAUAUAUAUUUUUUUAAUGUAUAACGUGAGUUUUUCAACACCCGGAGGUUAAAAAAAAAAAAACUAGUGGUGGUUUCAACAUAGAUUUGAUCUCACCAGAUUUUUCAUAAUGACAUGAAAAAAACAGUGCGUUUCACCUCUGCACUGCGCGACAGCCAGCGAAGAAUGAAUGCACUUCAAUAAACCACAAGGCUUGGUCUUUUCUUUAUAGGAAGACACUCGUCUUAAUAUUGUGAGAGUACAACAGAAAAAUACUCAUAUUCAAUACUCAGUAUACAACAAACUGCACAAUACACUUAUAUACACAACUAUUAUAUGUAUAGCAUAGCACACUAGCUUGAGCUACUAAAGCAUUGGCUAGCUUCUCUAACACAACAACUUAUGAAGUUCUGUACAUAUGACCCUUCACCACUGAAGUAAACAUAUAUUGCACAUCCAUAUGUUAUAUUAAACAAAAAUACUUAGACAUAUAUUUCCGAGGCGGAAACACAACAGAAAGCAUUCACGAUUGUCAAUGCUACCGCUUGACACCGCAAUGUGUAAGUGAAUGAACCAAACUACUGUAACAAAAAAAAUAGAUGCAGUGAAUUAUUCUGAUCAGCAGGUGGCAGCAAUGCCCAGCAAAUGGUCAACUGAUUUCCCAUACUAGUGUGUAAACUGUAAAGCCAGCACAGUACAUAUUAUCAGUCCUAUUAAUAAUGUUAUUGGAUUUAUAGGGAUGACGUCAUAAUUCCUAUUAUCGGACCGAUAAUUAUCGUGCACUCGUAACACUUAAUGACAUAAGCAUUCAGUAAUACCCAUGAUAGUGUCAUGUCAUAAUUAUGACGGUCUUAUGACAGCCUUCUAACGCUGCCUUCAAAUAAAGUCUUAUUUAUUAACCCAAAUAAAUCAAAUUAGACGCACUGGAUUAUAAACCGCAGGUAUUCAAAAUGAAGUAAAAAAGUAGCGGUUUAUAGUCCGAAAAUUACGGUAAUUGAAAUUGGGGAUUUUCGACAUCUUCAACUAGUCUUACUGAUGUUUUCUCCGCGACUGUCUUUAUUUACUUUAGAUCAUUUCUCCACUUUAUAAUUCACUUUUGGUGUACCAUACACAUAAGACAACUACAGUACACAUUAAAAUAGUGAAGCAAAACUGGAUUAGAUGAGAACUGUACUGCUAGUCACAUAAAAUGUGCCAAUUUAUCAACUUAAGCUUUGUUGAUAGAAUAGAUGCAGAGAUUUUUAUACUAUAGGACAAGGCAGCCAUGGGGAAAACAUCAGUCAUACAGUUGUUGGAGUAGUGUGCUGGAUUGUCAUACUCUUGAGGACAAAGAGAAUGCUAAACUGCUAGUGCAUAGACCAGAAGCUGGGUACUAAGUAUAUCGAAUAAAUUCUAAUACACCUUUCCAUAAUUCAACUGGAACUGUUUUCUGUAUAUUGCUUUUCCACCAGCACCACGACGAGCAGUUUUAGACACUGCUGGAUAUCCGUUGUGUCCUCACACCUGGAGACUAGUGAUUUGUGUACAGAAUUUUAUUGGACUUCCAAGUCAAGAAAUGCCCAGUUUGAAAACUCUUUGUUGUUGUAGAAUGCGAGAGAGAGAUGCUGCUGUUUUACAGAGGAGAGGCCCGUCUGCCAGCUCCUUUGUGGUUAACCACUCAAAGUGUGCGUGUGUGUUUGCAUGUGUGUGGACAUUUCUUUGUGCGGUUGCUGAUCCACACAAGAAAAAUGACAAGAACUUUUAAUAACUGUGUUUGUGUGAGUGCGUGCCUUCUCAAUGAAUGCAUUGUAUUUUUCCUCAAGAUAAAACCAUAGAAUACAGUUGAUUAAUCCACUUAUAUUGUUUCCCUCCUGAUGAAGAGUCACAUGAUCCAUUCUGCGCUCUGUGGCUUUGAUUGUUGAUGUGGUCAGAUUUUGACUUCUCGGUACAAAAAUGUCUAUUGUUUUCAAAAAGUUCUUUAUGAAGUGUAAACAAAGAAACUGAAAUAGCUAUCGCUCCAUUUUUAUUGUUGCCAAGUAAGCCUUGAGUGAUACUUUGAUGUUCGGGUUGAAUGGAAGAGCGUGUUCACGGUGUCUCGCUAUAUUUUGGAUGCCUUGGAUAAAUGUUUUAAGUUUACUUUUGAUUAGGUCCAUAUUGGAUGGAUGUCAGUACUUGGAUGAAUUCAUAAUUAUUCACUAUUACUUGAGACUUAGAAUUCUUCAAAGUUUUAUUGUGUCUUGUCAAAGCUCCAAAAUGUUAUUGUAGAUAUGCAGAGAACGGUACAUUUUUAUGCAGAAAAAAAACUGAUGUGUCAUAUUCUGCAAUGGACAAUGGAAGCCCGAAAAACUACAUUCAUGUUUGUUAAAUCACACAAUUGCAAGUUGUUUCACGAGAAUAACACCGAAUCUUUCUGAGAAAAAAACUAAUAAUUCAACAAAAAGUGUAACAUGAAAACAUCGAAUUUGUAUUUUAAGAAGAAUAUAGUCAUACAAUUAAGAGCAUAAUUUACAACUGUUCACCGAUAUUUUUUUUCAUUUCAUACAUUUCAUUGUUGACAUAAAUACUUUUGUCUUAAUGAAUUUUCUUCCCCGUAACUGUGACUAACAUCUUUGUAAGGUUGUUUUAAUGGCUACCUGUUUUUUCAGUAAUACUUCACUAUUACUCUCGGAGUGUUUAGGCUUCAGUUUACCUAUGGGGUUUACAAGACACAAAUCAGGUUAAAGCAGACUUUCAGUGUGACUAUCUUUUUUUUUUGUAAAAUUAUUUUAGUUUCUUGUGUUUGGGCAUUUUUUUCACCUACCCGUUGUCAAAGUUUUAUUUUUUAUUUUAUUUUUUUAACAGUAUUCACCAGCUGUUCUAUAUGCCGUAUGUGCGUACAGAAGUAACAUUUAAUCAUGUGCUGAAGGACGUACAUCGCCCCCUCAUGUACUGUAUCAUAUAAAAGUUAUCAAAUUGAGAUUUAUUGCAAUGUGAAUGUGAUAAAGUUCAUUUUACAUUUACAAAA